ACUCUUGAGUCUUUACUACUCGCGAUCGUCAAGUACUGAUCGUCCUUCUUUGAACUUUCGUUUAUCAUGUCUUUCUUCAAUUCAAUAGGUCGUUCCAUGUCGCGUACACCGCGCGGACCAAAGCGUUCGCCUACACCAACCUCUUCGACGUUCUCGUCUGACAUGCCACCCCCACCUGUACCUUCGUCUCCAGUCACAACUAGCAUCCAAAAACCUCUUUAUUUGUGUAGCCCGUUUGUAGAGGCAGCACUCGUCAAAGGCAACUUCAAAACCAUCGUCGUUCUUCCAAAGUAUGUCGACAUCAUGGAAUGGGUAGCCGUCAAUGUGUUCGACUUUUACACCAAUCUCAACGAGUUUUAUGGCGUCAUAUCAGAGUGUUGUACGCAGCAAUCAUGUCCGACUAUGUCUGCUGGGCAAAAUCUUAACUACACAUGGAUCAAUCAAGAUCGCAAGAGCGUCCACCUUGCUGCGCCCACCUACAUCGACUAUGUCAUGACAUGGAUUCAAAACCUUCUCGACGAUGAAAACGUUUUCCCCACAAAGUCUGGACACGACUUCCCUCAAUCAUUCCCCUCGACCGUCAAACACGUCUACCGUCAACUCCUUCGCGUAUUCGCACACAUCUACCACGCGCAUUAUCCUCAAAUCCUUCAUCUCCGUUCAGAGCCUCAUUUCAACUCCCUCUUUGCCCAUUUUCUCGCAUUUGGGCGAGAAUAUGAACUGUUAGACAUCAAAGAUGUGAAGGGUGCUGCUAACUCACCUGUUGGCGUUGGCAUGCUUUGGGAGAGGUGGAGGGAAAUGGGAAUCUUGGAGGGUUAGAUUACUUGCGGGACAAGUAUGCGGUGUGGUGGGUAUUUGAUUUUGUUGGACGGUCUAUCGUUCACCUCGUUGUAUUAAUGUUGAUAAUCUGGAAUUACGUUCAUUUUUGCCGUCGUUUUUACGCAGCAAGAUCGGAGUCAUAGUGUAGUGCUAUAGGCUUGUGAUUGAUGGAGCAAGUAUGUUCGACCAUAGAUUCACCAAAAGAGAUGGUGCACGUUUACUAGUAAACAUGAUGGUAGAAUGUUCCACA